AGGGCUCAGGUUGUUUCCAGGGGGGGAGAACUCUGCAGAGAAGAGACAAAGUUCAACAGGACAACAAAGGAGCAGCAGAAACAGCCAGGAAAAGGAAGAGCCCUCACGCUUUCACACAGAGCCCCCUAUCAGAGUUCUCCAAACCUAAAUUAUUCUGCAAAGGGCCAAUUGACCGGAACUUUUGCCUGCCUUUUCCUUUCUCCAACCACCAUGACUGAGAUCACGGCUGAAGGAAAUGCAUCUACGACCACAACUGUGAUAGACAGCAAGAAUGGAUCUGUGCCCAAAUCCCCUGGAAAAGUGAUAAAGAGGACAGUCACAGAAGAUAUAGUGACGACAUUCAGCUCCCCAGCAGCCUGGCUUCUGGUCAUUGCUCUGAUCAUCACGUGGUCAGCUGUGGCCAUUGUUAUGUUUGACUUAGUGGAUUACAGAAACUUUUCAGCAAGCUCUAUUUCCAAGAUUGGCUCAGAUCCUCUAAAACUUGUACAUGAUGCUGUGGAGGAAACCACGGACUGGGUCUAUGGCUUCUUUUCUUUGUUGUCUGACAUCAUCUCGUCUGAGGGUGAUGAAGAAGAUGAUGAUGGAGACAAGGACACUGAUAAAGGAGAAAUAGAGGAGCCUCCCUUGAAAAAAAAAGAAAUACACAAAGAAAAGACUGAGAAGCAGGAGAAAACUGAAAGGAAAAUACAAACUAAAGUUACACACAAAGAGAAAGAAAAAGACAAAGAAAAAGGAAAACCUGAAAAGAAAGCAAUUCACAAGGAAAAAAUUGAGAAAAAAGAAAAACCAGAAACAAAGACAGUGGCAAAAGAAGAGAAGAAAGCUAAGACUAGAGAAAAGACUGAAGAAAAGAUUAAAAAGGAAGUGAAAGGUGCAAAACAGGAGAAGGUGAAGCAAACAGCUGCAAAAGUAAAAGAAGCACAGAAAACAUCACCUAAGCCCAAAGAGAAGGACAAGAAAGAUGCUGCAGUGGUGUCCAAGCAUGAACAGAAAGAUCAGUAUGCAUUCUGUCGAUAUAUGAUUGACAUAUUUGCCCAUGGGGAUUUAAAACCAGGACAAAGCCCAGCCAUACCACCUCCAUUACCAACAGAGCAAGCUUCUGGACCCACUUUGGCAUCACCAGCUCUUGAAGAAAAAGAAGAAGAAAAGAAGAAAGCUGAGAAUAAAGUGACUUCUGAAACAAAAAAGAAAGAAAAAGAAGAUGUCAAAAUGAAAACUGAGAAGGAAACUGCCAUGGAUGUAAAGAAAAAAGAUCCUGGCAAAGUCCCAGAAGCCAAACAAGGGACAAUAAAAGUUGCAGCACAAGCAACAACUAAAAAAGAUGAAAAGAAGGAAGAUUCCAAGAAAACAAGAACAACUGCAGAAGAACUACCCAAGGGAAAAACAAAGCCACCAAAGAAGGAACAUUCAGCUCCAAGUGAAAAACAAGUUAAAGCAAAAACUGAACGAGCCAAAGAAGAGGUUGGUGCUGCCUCAACUAAAAAAGCUGUACCUGGAAAGAAGGAAGAGAAAACAACCAAGACAGUGGAGCAAGAGUUAAUUAUACCUGACCUACCUGUCUGACAAGAUGUGGAGUUCAAACAAGAAAACGUAUGUAAAAGGAUAUGAAAAAAUAUAAACUCCUAGUUAAGUAUAUAGUAUUUACUUAGGCAUUUUCCCUUAUAAAAUCAGCUUCAAUAUAAAUGAGAAUCAAAACAUUUUGCUUUCAUUAAGCUUCAUAGUUUUUCUCCCCUCUAGUAUACAGGCAUUGGUUACUCAUCUUACAGCAUUUGCAGAUUGUUUUUAUAGCCACAGCAAAUUAAGAGAAGACUGACUAGAAUAUAAAAUGUCCACAUUAAUAAUAGUACCUAACAUAUAACUGAUUAAGCUCAGAUUGUUUAUGUGUUCUUACCUUCAUGUUGGUGUCAGUUUCGUUAAUUCUAUAAUGUUGCCUCAAAUAGUUUUGAGACUGGAAAUGGCUCUUAGGGAUGUGAAUUUACUCCUUCAGAUUAUUUUAUAAUUCUUUUUAAAUCAUAAGAAAUAAGGUAUUUGGAUAACUUGCAUACUUUUGCGAUGGUAUAUCUAUGACUAAUAAUUUAUAUGAAAAUAUAUAUUUUGUGAUUUGAAUAAAUCAAGGAAUUUAUGUGAUAAUAAAUCAAUUACAUUCUACAGAUUUCAUAAUAUUCUAAUAUUUAUACAUAAGAUGAUGCUUUGACUAUUGUGUAUUUCUCUUCCUUAUAUAGUUUUUAGUUAUUUUCAGAAGUAUAAAUAAUCUAAAACUAGUUCAUAAUUCUUUGAAGUACAGUUAAAUAGUUUAUAAAGAGUUAUUUUCAUUUAAGGUUUAACUUAUGGACUUGUACUAGGGAAAAACUAUGACACUCAUAAUUCUUAAUAGAUUUCACAUACACUGUGUGAUCUAUGUAAAACUGUGUACACUGAAACUCUGAACUUAGUCUGCAUUAUAAUUGUACUUGGGAAACAUCGAUUAAGCUAAACUUUACAUUAUGGAAAAUUCAUAUAGUGAAAGGUGAAAUAAAUGUUAUGUUUAUGUAAUUUAGUGAACUAGACCUCAUAUCGUUUAAGAAUUAGAAAUUUAGUUAAUCUAACCUCUGCAAAAGUCCAAAAAAGUAUCUCUAUUUUAUCUUUAAUUCAUGAUGGAUCAUGUGGUUUUUAGUUAUUCUUCUCAUAAAGAUCUUAAAUUGGCUAGACCAGAAUUUUGAGUAUUAAGAAACUCUUUAUAAAUUUUCCCACACUAAAGCCACACACACACACACACACACACACAUACACACCCACACACACCACAGACACCAUUAACGAUUUCUCUUGUUUAGAAAGCAGUUACCUAGAAGCAUCAGGAGACACAAAUAUUUUCCACAAUACAUGUUGCUCUCCUUAUAGUGAGAGCCAAGGAAUGCCAAAGAUAAAACAUCACAACACGUGCUACUGUAUGAAGAUUUGUCUUUAUAUAUUUGUAUAUUAUAUCUAGAAAGAGUACAUCACAUUUCAUUAAGCUUGGUUUAUUUAUUGUUUGAUAUUUAAUUUCUCAUUUUUAGUGUACUUUUUCCUCAGUAUUACUUUUCAAAAUUGACCUGUCCCCCUAAAUCCAAUUUCCCUCUCUCUUUUUCAAUCUUGUUUUCUCUCAGAAGAAAAUUUUUCAUAGUAUUUGCUUGUUACUAGCCAGAGGAUCAAAGCAGUCACUCUAGGGAAGUGACUUCUUACUUACUGUGGCAGGGAAGGAGACCAGUCAAGACAACUAACUUUAACGAUAUGAGUUGUAGAUUGGAGUCCCAGCAUCUCCUUGUUUCUAAUAUUUUUCCUUCAAAGUGAUUUCAAUCUAACAAUGAAAAGGUGAAGAAAAUAGUAAUAAAUCAAAUCAUUCGCAUAUCAUCUUUCUUUUUCUUUCAUUCACACCUGUGCAUGAUAUUACUUAAAGCUUUCUUUAAGAGUUUGUUCUAAGGGCCUGUAACAGUGCUGGCAUGUAGGAAGUGUUCAAAAAAUACUUGUGGGUUGAAUGAAAACAUAGAGGAAUUGUUGAAGAAAAGAAUACUAGGUGAUCCAGAUAUCGAUGAUCUGCGCCUCUAAGUACUGUACAAUUAAGAUAUUUUAGUAAAUCAAAUGUGAUUUCUGAUAGCAAAGAUUGCCAGAUAUUUCAGAAACCAGGAUAAGUGAUUAAAUCAUCUAACUACUCUCAUUUUAAAGUAAAAAAAGUAGAGCAAAUUAAUAAUUAAAUAUGCAUUAUUCAUUAAUUAUAUCAUUAUUAUGAUCUUUGUAGAUGGUACUCUUACAUAACAGAACAGCAUGUGGUGAACCAUCAUAUGGUUAAAGACAUCGAAUAAAUUAAAUUUAGCAAUGGCACCUUCUAUAUUGUAAAUUAAAAAAAAUCUUAAAAUGAGAGAAAAUUUAAUAAUUGCCCUAUUAGGCCAAUGUGUGUCUAAAUAUAGAAACAUAAAGGCUUAUCCUCACUUUUCUUGGUUUUACAUUAUAGAACUGAAUUAGAUGAUCUUCUAUUCCUUUAAAUCAUAAAAAAAUUUAUGUUCAACAAAGUUUUUAAGUAGUAUGUCCCUUAUAUCAGAAUAUAAAGGCUCUUCCUGCUAUAGGAGAAGGCUGGUCUAGAAAGACUUUUAUUUCUAGGAUUCUAAGACUCAAAUGUUAAGGGAAAACACACUUUAUAAACUUGGAUAUUUUAGUAUCCCAAAAUUAAACUGAAAAUUUCAUUACAGAAACAUUAGUUAUAGUCUUCCAUCCUCUUAACAAUUAAAAAUCACUUCAAAAUCCACUUAAGUACAAACAUGACAAAAAUAUUCAUGAAAAAUGAUUAAAUAGAAUUUGAGUACCUAUUAACCACCAAGAAUAAAUUUGAACACAAUUAGUAAUCACUUUAUUAAGGGUAAAAUUGGAGCAUAUGGAUCAUAAAUGUAUCAAAUGCAGUUCAUUUCCUGUAAUAAAACUUAUAUUUUGCUUUAAAUUAAGAAAUCUUUUUAAAAUUCAUAAGUGCCGUAAUUUGUGUCCACUUGAAGACUUUCUGUUUUUCUUUGCCUUUGUUGCUAUUUUGUAAACAAUGGUACCCUACAUAAUUGUAUUAGUGUUUUAAAUUGUCACAACAAGUGAAACCCAACUGAUAUUACAUGGUUUGUGUGUUUGUCAUUGUCCUCAGACACUUUUCAGAUUCUUCUAUUCUUUGUACAUGUACUGGUCUAUUUAGAAUCUGCGAUGUGUAUUUAUUGUAGAUUGAUCCCAUACUUUCAAGUGAACAUUAAUAAUAUCUAAGAGUAAUGAUUUCUCUGAGAGAAACGUAUUUAUUUAAAUAAUAAAUGUUUAUACUUCAUGAUGUGUCAACACUAUAAAAAAAGAGAGAAACAAUUUUACAUUUAAGAUCAAUGUAGUAAAACUGAAGGUGUAGUUGAUACAUAUUGUAUUUAAUUAUUUGCUUAAUAUGUGACUAUAAAAUAACCUAUUUGCACAUGUGGACUAAGUCAUGCUGUUGACCCUCAAUAAAUGUUAAAGUAUAAUAACAAUAGUAUUGAUUCCUGUGAA